AGCGCAGCGAGCAGGUACCUGCUUCUGCACCUGUCUCUUACACCUGCCCUGCAGCUGCUCCUACCCACCUCUCCAGGCUGAGUCUGGCCAGCGCGACACCCUGGAGACACCCUCUCCUCCUCCAGUCUCACCUGCCUGGGCAGCUCCUACAUUCAACUCCUCUAGGGAAAGUCGCGCCUCCAGCCCAGAGCGGUCCGGAUUACAGGUAGAAAGCUCUGCCUGGGUUUAGGAGCUGCCAUGACUGAAGUUGGUUGGUGGAAGCUGACCUUCCUCCGGAAAAAAAAAUCCACUCCCAAAGUGCUCUACGAAAUCCCUGACACCUACGCCCAAACGGAGGGAGGUGCGGAGCCCCCAGGACCUGACGCAGGAGACCCUCACAGCGACUUUAACAGCCGUCUGGAGAAGAUCGUGGACAAGAGCACCAAAGGCAAGCACGUCAAGGUCUCCAACUCAGGCCGCUUCAAAGAGAAGAAGAAAGUCCGGGCCAUGUUGGCAGAGAACCCCGGCCUCUUCGAUGACAGGGAGAACAAAGGACAGUGAAAGCAGCCGAAGAGAACCAUAGCGCCGCCCUGCUCCCUGCUACUGGUGGGGUCUGAGGCAGGAGCUUGCCACGCUGGCCUCUUUGGUAAUAGCCACGGUGGCGGUUGACCCCUGCUGGCAGGAACAUCCGGUCCUUAGGUUUGUAUUUAUGUGUCCCCGCUUUAUGGAGAGCCUCCUCCUCCCGGUGAUCACAAAGACACUCUGGUCCGGCAUGAAAAUUGUGACCUACAAGUACUGCCGUCCUUUACACAGUGGCGUGGCUCACAGGGAGGUGGCACAACAGAGAAUAGACAGAGAACAGGAUGGACUCAACCCUCUCCCUGGGCAACCGGGUCGGUGGAUUUGAAUCGCUGCUCCUUCUACUCUCUCUAAGGGUGACUGUACCCUGGGCCAAUCCAGGGAGAGCAGAGGUUCCGGAAGUCACGUGACCGUGGUUUCCUUGGUGCCCAGAGGCGGAGUUAUUAAUCGAGAUCACCUCUUAA